AUGGCGUUUUCAAUCACUCGCUGCGGCAUACACGCCUUCCACGAAGUCCUCGGCAUAGAUUCAGACAAGAUACGCUUCUUUUGGGUACUACACUCAGACCGUGAAGAUGCGCAACAGACCGCAUAUCGCGUGAAGGUCUCACUCUCUCAGGGCGGAUUUCACUCGGCGACAUUCCACUACUGGCAAGUGACAGUAUGGGAUCAAGAUGGCCAGGAGACCACGAGCGAGUCGAACGAAUUCUUCACUGCGUAUCCGAGAUGCAGUGGGCUCCUACCACCGUAUAGUAUGAACCAGACAUAUAUGCCGCAUACCAGCCUCAUAUUCCGCACUUGGUUCGAAGACGAGCCCAACCGCUGGAAAGGCGUGUGGAUCGGGGACAAUGGUGACAAACCUCUCUACUUACGAAAAUCUAUCCAUCUUGAGCGCAAACCUUCUCGUGCCAUCGUCUUCGCAUCAGGCCUGGGUCACUUCAACUUCGUGUGCAACGGCGACCCUGCAGCUGCCAACGGACAUGUUCUUGAUCCUGGAUGGACCAACUACCAUCGGACUGUUCAGUUCGUGGCCUACGAUAUUUCAAAUAUCCUCAAGGCAGGCGAGAAUGUCAUAGGGGCGCACGUGGGCAACGGCUUCUACGCAGGAGAUCAAGGUGACGACCGCUUCUUCUGGCCAUCUUAUGAAGACAACACAUAUGUGCGGUACGGGAACGAAUUGUGCUUCUUCGCAGAAGUCCACUUGUUCUACGACGACGGGAGUCGGGAGUGCAUCACCACAGGUCCGGACUGGAGUAUCCGCAAAAGCGCAACCACAUUGGCGAACAUAUACUCAUCCGAGACGAAGGAUCUUCGCAACUAUCCAACAGGCUGGGAUACACCGAGUUACGAACAAGGCGCGGAGUGGAAGAACGCCACUCCAGUCACAGGACCAAGGGGGAAGUUGAAGUAUCAGAAUCAACCGCCUGUCGUGCUGCACGAGACGUUUGAACCAAAAACAAAGAAGACGCUGGAGCCAGGCAUUGUAAGCUUCGACUUUGGGCAGAACAUGACGACUAUGGUCAAGAUACAGGUCAGUGGGCCUGCAGGCUCGGAAGUCAUUAUGCGUUUUUCCGAGACAAUCGGCGAGGAUGGUAAGGUGUUGAUGCCAGACCCUCUAUUCAAACAGUUCGAGUACGGCGUGUUCUGCAAGUUCACACUAGCUGGCACAGGCGUGGAGACGUGGGAGCCAGACUUUUGCUUCACGAGUGCGCGGUAUAUCCAGAUCGAGGGCGCUUCAUUCAAGUCUGAUCAGGGCCUACCGGUGGUGCAUUCAGUGGUCAGUCGACACGUCUCGUCAGCAGCACGACGACUGGGCUCGAUGAAGACGGACAAAGAAGACGUCAACAAGCUGAUCGACAUGUGCUACUGGUCUUUCGUCAGCAACCUCUUCAGCUACCACACCGAUUGUCCGCAGAUGGAGAAGUUCGGGUGGCUGGAAGUAACGCACCUCCUCGCGCCUGCGACACAGUACAUCCGGGACAUGGAAUCGCUGUACUCCAAGAUCCUUGACGACAUUGUGGACGCGCAGGAGCCAAACGGUCUCUGUCCCACCAUGGCUCCAGAAAUCCGAUACAUGUGCGGACCUCUCCACGACACCAUAACCUGGGGCGGAGCCGUCGCCCUCCUACCGGAAAUCCUGCGCUUCUACUACGACUCCACGCACGUCUUUGAGAAGCUCUUCGACCCAUGCGUACGCUACAUGGAGUACAUACGCACCAAGGAGCGCGACGGCGGACUGAUCGAACACGGCCUGGGCGACUGGGGCCGCGACAUCGCAUUCGGCAACAACCAAGCCAACAUCGAGACAGCAAUCUACUACCGCUGCCUGCGCAACAUCGAGCGCAUGGCCCACGAGCUCGACAAGCCCGAAGCAGAGACCCGGUUCCGCGAAUGGGCAAACCGCAUCUACACCGUCUACAACGCGCGCCUGCUCGUCACGGACAAGAAACUCCACCCCUACGCCUUCUACACCUCGCGCGACGAGCCAGGCACGCAGGAUAGAAAUAUGGUCGCGCAGGCCUUUGCCCUGCAGUUCGAUCUCGUCCCCGCACAGCACAUCCCCGACAUCCAGCGCGCCUUCCUCGCCGACUGCGCCGCGGCCCAGAACCGCAUCCAAGCCGGCGAGAUCGGGCUGAAGUACCUGUGGAACACGCUCGCGGACGUCGACCGGCCUGAUAUCGUGCUCGAGAUGGCGCGCCAGGAGGAACACCCGUCGUACAUGCGGUUUAUCCGGCGCGGGGAGACGACGCUGAAUGAGUUCUGGCAGGAUGCGUGUCGGAGUAAAUGUCACGAUAUGUUGGGCACGAUUUAUGAGUGGUUUUAUGAGGCGGUGUUGGGGGUGAAGCCGGAGAGCGAGGCGUAUCGCACGUGGACUGUUAGGCCGCCGUUGAGGAGCGAGUUUGGGCGUGUGGAGGGGAGCGUGGAGUGUCCGUAUGGGGUGAUUGAAGUGGUAUAUGAGAAGAAGGGGGAGGUUGUGAAGAUGAAGAUUACGGUUCCUACGAGCACGACAGGAUUCUUGUUGCUGCCGGGAGAUGAUAGUGAGGUAGCCGUGACGAGGAGAGGUGGAGAUACAGUGACAAAGAAAGGACGGCGGGUGAGCUUGAAGCCUGGUCGAUAUGAAUUAGAGUUGAAGCCGUAG